GAAGGAGGAGGGAGGGAGGGGAGGGGGGAGUGAGCUGUGUUCUCCCCAGUCUUGUUCAGCCAUGUUAGAUUUUUCUGCUCUCCACUAACGAUGAGCGAGGAGCCAUGGCCUUGUCAUUGAGCGGAGACGAUGAGGAAUAUGAUUCAGAGUCCGAACAGCAGCGUGCAGCCAAUCGUCCGAAGCCCAAGAUGGCGACACCGUCGGCUGUUAAGCUGCCGUCCAGUCGCAGCUCGUCAGGAGCCAGACGGAGGAGAACGCGUUGCCGAAAGUGCGAGGCGUGCAUGCGGACCGAGUGCGGGGAGUGUCACUUCUGCAAGGACAUGAAGAAGUUUGGGGGUCCUGGCCGCAUGAAACAGUCCUGCAUUAUGAGACAGUGCAUAGCGCCUGUUCUGCCUCACACAGCGGUGUGUGUAGUGUGUAAGGAGGCUGGGAAGGAGGAUACACUGGAGGAAGAGGAGGACAAGUUCAACUUCAUGCUCAUGGAAUGUUCCAUAUGCAAUGAAAUUGUCCAUCCCAACUGCCUCAAGGUGAGCGACGCCUCUGGCGUAGUCAACGACGAGCUCCCAAACUGCUGGGAGUGUCCGAAGUGCAACCAUGCUGGAAAGAGCGGAAAAGUAUUAAAGCAAAAAAGGGGUCCAGGGUUCAAGUAUGCCUCCAACCUCCCUGGCUCUCUGCUGAGGGAACAGAAGCCUGUGAAGGAGGAUGGGGACAUGGUUGCUGCAUUCAAAAGGAGGCCUGACAGAGAAGAGACGCCCAGGCAGCGGCCUGAGGAUGCUCUCCUUCGGCAGCCGCCCCUGCUGUCCCCGAGCAGCCUGCCCCGACCCCGGCUUGAGGACAAGCUGAGGAAGAAGAGGAAGCUCUUUGAGGAUGAAGAGGAAGAGGACUUCCGAGCAAGAAAGAAGGAAAGGUCAGACGACCCAUGUUUUUCUAAACUCUUGCACCAGAUUAAAACCGAAGAGGAAGAUGUCUAUGAGGAUGAUGAGGAAGAUGGAAGAGAACUUAAUUUCCGGGGUUUUGUGGAGAGAAAUGGGCGCCUGGGUGUUGCCGAGGACUUGGUAGAUGACAGAGACUACAAGAACGAGCUUUUAAAUUCUUCUCUCAAAACGCCUGUUAUGGACAGCGACCAGUCGCACUGCAGUUCUCCACAAGCCGGUCCGAGCAGUGAGGGCGGAAGCGAGACGCAGGAGAAAGGUCCUCGGCCCAAAGCUCGCCGUAAACGCCGUUUACCCAACCGGGAGCUAAGUAGAGAACUGAGCAAAGCACUGAACCAGGAAAUUCUGAAGACCGAAGACUGCCUGGCCAAUGAAAACCGCCAGCCACUCAAGGUGGAGCCGGAGUCUGAAAACGAAGAACCCAAGAGGUUGUUCCGUAACAGCACUGACCUGGGAGAGCAGAGGCCCCAUCUCAAGACCAAAGAGAUGAACGGGACUCCCUGGGAAUUGCGCCACUUCUACCCGAGUCAGAUCACUCCGUUGGGCUUCAACAGGAGCACGCCGACAACACGACCUGUGCCUCCACGCUCACCGCCCAAGUGUGUCCAAAUGGAGCGGCAUGUUAUUCGGCCUCCGCCAAUAAGUCCACCUCCUGACAGACUGCCGCUAAAAGAUGGGAAAAUGCACGUUCUUCAGCGCGAGGUCUGGAUGAAGAUAUUCAACCAUCUCACACAUCAGGAGCUCUGCUCCUGCAUGAGAGUGUGCAAGACCUGGAACAGAUGGUGCUGUGAUAAAAGACUCUGGACAAAGAUUGAUCUCAACCGCUGUACCUCCAUCACGCCGCUCAUGCUCAGUGGGAUCAUCCGUCGACAGCCGCUGUCAUUGGACCUCAGCUGGACCAACAUUUCCAAGAAACAGUUAAGCUGGCUUAUCAACAGGUUGCCAGGACUGCGAGUGUUAACGUUAUCGGGGUGUUCGUGGGCUGCCGUGUCGGCGCUCUGCACCUCCAGCUGCCCGCUACUACGAACACUGGACAUCCAGUGGGUGGAAGGACUCAAGGAUGCCCAGAUGAGGGACCUCCUAUCACCUCCCACAGAUAACAGACCAGGUCAGAUGGAUAACCGCUACAAGUUGAGGAAUGUGGAGGAUUUGCGUCUGGCGGGCUUGGACAUCACCGACACGUCUCUACGUCUCAUCAGCCGCCAGAUGCCUUUGCUGUCACGGCUCGACCUGAGCUACUGUAACCACGUCAACGACCAGUCCGUCAACCUGCUGACGGCGGCCGGGACCACCACUCGAGACUCGCUCACAGAAAUCAACCUGUCAGUCUGCAACCGGGUCACAGAUCAUUCCCUGACCUUUUUCAAGCGUUGCGGGAGCAUCUGCCAGAUCGACCUUCGCUUCUGCAAGCAGGUGACCAAGACGGCGUGCGAGCGGUUCAUCGCCGAGAUGUCCGUCAGCGUCCCGUUCAGACUGAAGGAGGACAAACUGCUGCAAAAAGCCAGCUAGUCCACAAUGACCAAAUGGAUUGGAAGACAAUUUGCACUUACUGGGGACAUUUUUU